AUGGUGUCGCACACUGAGAAAGAUGCACAGAAGACCGAGACAGAGGCUGAGCCCCCAGGGGGCUUAUUGUCUUGUCAGGAGGGGUGGAGGAAUGCUGGACUUCAGGAGACAACAAGAAGACUGCCUAGAGCCUUGCUGCCCUGCUUGCCUCCCGUUCCUCGGGCCUCCUCUUUUCAGAACACACAGAUGUCAGAAACUGAGCUGGAAAAGACAAAAGCAAGAACAGCCGAGCAUUUUGAAAAUGAUAAAAAUAAUAUCUCUUGGUUAAAGGAAGAUAUGCAACUCACAAAUGAAAAGCAUGCAGACGAGAAACCCAUUAAUGCUAUCAUUAUAAAUUCCGUAUCUGAAUUCAAUAUCACAGAUGGACCAGCCAAGGAAACCCCCAGUGAGAAAAAACUGUCAGAACCCAACACAUCACUGUCCUCCCUUGAAGAAUGCCAAACGAAAUUUUCCUACCUCCAAACCGAUACGUCAGUUCAUCCGAGAGACAAUGAUGAGGAGUGUGCUUCCCUGAUUCUUGCCUGUCUGUUUGGCCAGUUUGGGGAUUGUCUCCUGAUGCUCCCCCAUGCGUGUGAAACAGUGUGUACCAACUGGUGCUGCCCCUCUCACAGGUAUCACCACACCUCAGACGAAAGCCACUCGCAGAAUGAUUGCAACUGCAGCUGUGACAUGGACUGCAGCCUUUUUGAAUCCUGCCAUGAGACCAGCGACUGUCUGGAGCUGGCCAUGGAGAUCUCAGAAAUCUGUUACCGCUAG